GGCGGGCUGGGCGCCCCGGCCUCACUGUGCGCGCUGCCGGCGGAGCGGCUGCGAGGUGCGGGCCGAGGUAGGGGGUGCGGAGACUGCGGGCCGGGCGCCGGAGCUGCGGGCGCGGGCACUGCGCACGCGCGGGAGCGGCUCUUAAAGAGCGCGCACCAGCCGGAGGGCGGCCUCGCGCGGGCCGGUGUGGCGGCAGGUGUGCUGGGCAUCGCAGCUGCGUGACCGCGGAGGCUGGGCACCUGGCGGGGGCGGGGUCCAUGCAGGCCACGCCUUCUCCAGGCUCCAGCCCCAGAGCAGAGGUGUGGCCAAAGCGACAUGCCCCCAGGCUCCAGCCUGGGGAGGGCGCGAGGGGUGCUUGGCAUCCUUCACUUUAGGGAGGAAACCGGAGAGCACCCGCCUUCGUACUGCUAUGGCCAUACGAAGAGGGCUGGUGGCGCCCCAGGGAGCCGAGGCCCGGCAGGAGGUGAAGGAGCUGGGGACUUUUGGAAGGAGCUCCAGAUCCAAGCUUGAAACCAUAGCAAAUGAGCCCAGAAGUCCUUGAGUUCUGGUGCUGGCUCCACGCCACAUAGCCGGGAGCGCCCAGGCCGGCCUCUGCCUCCGGGCCGGCCCGGACCUCACUCAUUCCCAUCCCCAGGGCCUCAGACCAACCUUGGUCCGAGGCCUCACCCAUCUGGUUUGCGCGGGAUGGGCCUCUGGGUGGCCCCGGGGCUGCUCCUAGCCAUGGCUCUCACCCUGCACCUGGCCGAGGCCUCCGCGCCCCCGCACCGGGACUACUGCGUCCUGGGCGCGGGGCCCGCGGGCCUGCAGAUGGCCUACUUCCUGCAGCGGGCCGGGCGCGACUACCAGGUGUUCGAGCGCGCCUCCAGGCCCGGCAGCUUCUUCACGCGCUACCCCCGGCACCGCAAGCUCAUCAGCAUCAACAAGCGGCACACCGGCAGGACCAACUCCGAGUUCAACCUCCGCCACGACUGGAACUCGCUGCUCAGCCACGACCCGCGCCUGCUCUUCCGACACUACUCCCGGGCCUACUUCCCCGACGCCGGCGACAUGGUGCGCUACCUGGGCGACUUCGCCAGCAGGCUGCGGCUCCGAGUGCGCUACAACACAGCCAUCGCCCACGUCACUCUGGACAAGGAUCGGCGGGCCUGGAAUGGCCAUUACUUCAUCCUGACCGACCAGAAGGGCCAGGGAUACAGGUGCAGCGUCCUCCUCGUCGCCACCGGUCUGUCCGUUCCCAACCUGGUGGACUUCCCCGGCGCCGAGUAUGCGGAGGGUUACGAGUCUGUGUCCGUGGACCCGGAGGACUUUGUGGGGCAGAACGUGCUGAUCCUGGGCCGAGGGAACUCGGCCUUCGAGACGGCAGAGAACAUCCUGGGUGUCACCAACUUUGUGCACAUGCUGAGCCGCUCCCGCGUCCGGCUGUCCUGGGCCACCCAUUACGUAGGAGACCUCAGGGCCAUCAACAACGGCUUGCUGGACACCUACCAGCUGAAGUCCCUGGAUGGCUUGCUGGAGUCCGACCUGACGGAUCUGGCUGUGGUGAAGGACCCCAAGGGCAAGUUCCACAUCACCCUCAAGUUCUACGUGGAAGAGGGCAACCAGAGUGCCGAGGCCGUCCCCCUCCCGCAGGACGACAGCGACAACUUCGCCAUGCGCGUGGCCUACGACCGCAUCAUCCGCUGCCUGGGCUGGAACUUCGACUUCUCCAUUUUCAAUAAGUCCCUCAGACUGUCUUCAGGGGGCGAGUUCAGCAAGAAGUACCCGCUGGUCAGACCGAGCUAUGAGUCCAAAGGAAGCCGUGGUCUCUUUGUCCUGGGCACGGCCAGCCACUCUGUGGAUUACCGGAAGUCUGCUGGGGGCUUCAUCCACGGAUUCCGAUACACAGUGCGUGCCGUCCACCGGCUGCUGGAGCACCGCCACCACGGCGCCGCCUGGCCCUCCACCGAGCUCCCCAUCGCACAGCUGACCAGCUCCGUCCUCCGGCGCGUGAACGAGGCCUCUGGGCUCUACCAGAUGUUCGGUGUGCUCGCCGAUGUCGUCCUGGUGAAGGAGAACGGCACCGCGUUCGAGUACCUGGAGGAGUUCCCCAUGCAGAUGCUGGCCCAGCUGGAGACCGUCACCGGCAGGCAGGCCCGGCACGGGCUCUUCGUCAUCAACAUGGAGUACGGCAGGAACUUCUCCGGGCCCGGCAAGGACGUCUUCUUCUAUGACCGGUCUGUGGGGUACACGGAGGACGCCUGGCAGUCCAACUUCCUGCACCCCGUCAUCUACUACUACAGGCAGCUGCCCACCGAGCAGGAGGUGCGGUUCCGCCCCGCAGACUGGCCCCUGCCGCGGCCCGCGGCCAUCCACCACAUCGUGGAGGACUUCCUGACUGACUGGACCGCCCCCGUGAGCCACAUCUUGCCUCUGAGGCGCUUCCUGGAGAACUGUCUGGGCACGGAUUUGCGAGGCUUCUAUGCAGAGUCAUGCUUCCUGUUCGCCCUCACACGCCAGAAGCUGCCGCCCUUUUGCCAGCAGGGGUACCUGAGAAUGCAGGGGCUGGUGGGAACCGGGAGCCUCCGCCAGCACCGAGUGGCGAGCGGGCUCCUGCAGGGCUAUGCCGCUGCGGGCAAGCGCAGCGAGGACAGUGGCCAGCGGCCUGGCUUCCAGGAGCCAGCAGAUCAGCCCCAGGCCCCAGGGCCUCUGGACCAGCCCCUCACCGGCAACAAGGAGGAGCUGUGAUGUGCAGGUCUCUCCCACCCAGGCCUUCUUCCCCAGCACCGUGCUCCCACCAACGUGUGACUGCCAGAGGCCACUGGCAUCAUCGCGGUGACCCCCCACAGCCACACAGAGCGACAAGGGCUGGGGGCGGCCAUGCGGCGGUCUCCUCCCCUCCUGCUGGGUCCACAGUGCCCACGAGGUGGGGUCCAGGGAAGGACAUCCCCUGCCAGGAGGAGUCGCCUCCCACAGCCCGGCUUGUCUGUGAGGGAAUUAUCGCCGAGCACCAGGCUGGCCUCAGUCUGUGCCCAUCAAGUGCCCGGUGGUUCCGUUUCCUUCGGGUCUACUCUUCAAGCGGGCCUGGCGGGCCUGUCAGUGGAGCAUUUCACAGAUGAAACCCAUCCUCAUCUGCGUAAGGCUCUUCGAAACAAAAGCUCUAGUAUCCCCAGUCACGCAGGGCAGGUAGGACCCAGCUCAGAGAGGUUGGGUGACUCCCAGGCCCCCAGCCAGGAGUCCUGUCUGCUGCAGCCUCUCCCCGCCCCCACCUCUGUUUCCAUACAGGGGGCCAGAGGCCCUGGGGAGCCAGGCUAAUGGCCAGGGGCCCAUCGGGUUGUCAUCAGGCAGAGAUAGCAUCUUACCUAAGCAGGCUCUCGGCUGCUUUCUCCCUGAUUUAUCUCUAGUCUCUAUUUUCUUCUUCCACCCUGCCCUCUGGCUUCCUGAACAGUGCCUGGCCUGACAGGCAGAUCCAGUUUUGGCACCUGACUGCCUUGCAGCGGGUUGCUUUUGGAGGUGGUUUACCCGCUGUUUGAACAGAGCCCCGCUCAGCUUGUGGGGAGACGUUUAUAAAUGCGGUUGCAUGAUAACAAUGAUGGAUUUCGUAAGCUUCCUGGGCUAUUCUGGCUCUUUGUUGUCCUUCCUCACCAGGGACCUGCUCCCUUCUUCCCUCUCCCAUCAGGCAUUGUAGUCCUGUCUCUGAGAAAGCCGUGGGACAGCAUUGUAUUGAUACAUAAAAUAAUUGUGGUCACUUCUCAAGGUCAGGAUCCUAAAUGAUGCUUUCUCACUGGUUCUUACAGCCCUUCCUGCAGCCACUCAGAAUCUGAGGGACCCGGGCUUCCCGGCUCCACAUUUCUGGGACCAUUCUCUUGGCUGAGGUUCGCAUUCCUUCCCUGACUGCCCCCACCUCUUCAUACGCAGAUGCCUCUCCCUCCAGUCAUUAGUGGAGUUAGAACAAUGGAACUCCCGCUAAGGCGGGAGGCGUCUGCCCAGAGACAAUACUUGGCAUAGUUUGCACCAGCACGGUCUCUCCCCAUUCCCAGGGUGUAGGGUUCACUGUGUCCUUCAGAUGACAGGUAAACCACCCUUCCUUUCCAAAACCUUUUCAAAUCUUUGAAUUAGGACAGUGCCCAUAAUUUGAUAGACAUCUUACCUACCAGAUCACUGAAGGCUGGCUGAGCCUCUUUUCCAAUAAAAGCUCGAGGUGCUGAAACACAUGGUUUACUGAUGCCUGAAUAUGUGGCAUCUGCUGCUUUUCCCUGUCGUCUGCCAACUUGUUAAUUCCAUCAAAAUAUCCGCCAGCCUUAUUUGUGUUUAGUAAGACAUGGUUCCAUUCUUGCUCAGCUGAUAGAGAUGUCUGAGCAACGUCCUGGUAUUCUUAUAAAUUAAUAGAGGCCCGGUGCAUGAAUUUGUGCAUGGGUGGGGUCCCUCCGGGUGCCCUGCAGAGAUGGGGCCCCAGCUUGCAGCUCCACCUGGCACUCUGUCUUGGCCUGGCACUGCCCCCUCACCUGCUCCACCAUCCCAUCAUCGGGGCUGGGUCCCCCACCCCCCUCUGCCACCACUGGUUGCUGUUUGCAGGGCAAUUGGGCCCCGCUCACACCUGCCUUGGUCUGACGCUGCCCACUCACCUGCUCCACCAUCCUGCCACAGUCCUACUCUCAUCGGGGCCGGCAGCACAUCACUGACACCCGCCAUGUUCCACACUGCCCACUGGUGGUCAGUGCACAUCAUAGCAAGCAGUCGAACCACCACCGGAAGGGACAAUUUGCAUAUUAGGCUUUUAUUAUAUAGGACCAGAGGCCUGACGCACAAAAUGCAUGCAAGAGUAGCCUUCCGGGAUGGAGGACUGGAAUGGGGGGUUGAGGACAAAUAUAACCUUAAUAAAUUAAAAAUAAAAUAAAUAAAAUUUUUAAAAAAGAAUAGGCCUUCACCCUGCUGCUGGCACUGGCUUCCCUCUGGCACCCGGAACCCAGGCCUCCCUCCAGCCGCCAGCAGUCACCUGGGACAUGGGCCUCUUUCAGCCCCAGCUUCAUCCAGAAGGAGGUCCAGUCUAAUUAGCAUAUUACACAUGGAUUACUAUAGAUAGCUGGCUUCAAACAGAACUACUUUUUCCCUAUGAAGGUCAUUGCUGCAUUUGCUAGAGAUCCUAUCUUGAUCUUCCCUCCUCGCAGAUGUCAUUGUUCCCAGCUGGACCAAGUUCCUCUUCUAGCCAAGGCCUCGCUUCAUUAAUAACUUUUUUUUUUUUAAUAUUACAAAGCUAUUGGUGCAAAGGAGACAAGUCAGUGAAAUAAGAGGCCAGGAACAGACGCCAUUCUAAGUAAGAAUAAGGUAUUUUUCAAAAAUCACAAACCAAUGGAAAAGAUUGUGCAGGUCCAUGCAAUCAAUAAUGUUGGUCUAACUGGGUAGUAAUUUGGAAAAGAAAAUGCAUCUAAUUUUAGACCUUAUUUCAUACUACAAAUCUAAUUCCAGAUGAAUUUUUUUUAAGCCAUAUAGAAACCGGAGAUGAAGAGAGGGUGCUUUAAUAAAAGAAAGGCUAUUCCAGGUUUAGAAGCAGUGGAGUAAUUCCCCAGACAAAAAGGUUUAACAUUUCCAGGUCCACCCCUCUAGCCUGUACCUAAUCAAUGGGACUAAUGGGAUUAUUGUAAAGAAGUUGGUAAAAAUUAAAAGUCAAAACAUGGACAGAAAAUAAUUACAGCAAACUAUAAUAAACGUCUUUAUUAUAUAUAGAACUAAUUG